GUUGUUAUUGCUACUCGUGUUGCUACCUGUUGCUUGACGUUUAUGUCACGUGCAGUUGUUUUUGAAACGCCCAGUGUUCCGGUCUGUUCACGACCACUCAAUGGCGUCUGAAGUAUCCAAGCGGAAGAAAGCUAUGCAAGAGCUACGUCGUAAUAUUGACUUGCUGCUAAACGCUGACGACAAGGACUACCUCCACUACGUACUGAAAGAAUACAGCACCUACAAAGACGUCGAUCAGCUGGUUCUUGCCCUUUGUUCGUGUCUCGACAACCCUCGAAAGUUAAAUCUUCUCCGCAACAUUAGAACGUUGGUACCGUCAGCUCACCUCUCUCGAUUUGACAAGUUGGCUCCCUACCAUCUAAUGGAAGAUCCGUACGUUGCACCUAACGCAACAGUCAGAAGCAAAAUGAAUGUCAGAACAAUCGUCCUAGUCUCGAGAAGGGGAGACAGCCUCGGAUUCAGUAUACGAGGAGGAAAGGAACACGGUCUGGGAGUGUUUGUGUCUCAAGUCGACGUGGAGUCUGACGCCUAUGCGAGCGGUCUUCGGGUCGGAGACAGGCUGGUAGACGUGAACGGUUUGUCAUUUGAUAGGAUCGCUCAUUCGAACGCCGUCCGAGUCUUGAAGAGCGACGGACGGCUGGAAAUCACCGUCCAAUCGACUGGUAAGAUACCUGCGCAUCACAAGGACAACGACGCACAUUCAUGGCUAGAUACGAGGGGCCGUCCACUAUCCACAGCUACAGUGAGCGAUACGUCUUCGAGUUCAGAAGGAGUGAAUGCCGAGCAAAGAGUCAAAUCUGGACACGAAACACGGAAGAUAAGUUUGACACGAACUGAAGGAGAACUCGGUUUGAGUAUUCGAGGUGGAUCAGAGUUUGGUCUUGGCAUUUACGUGUCAAAUGUGGCGGAGGGGUCGGUUGCGGCAGCAAAUGGUAUAGAACUUGGAGACCGGAUCGUAGACGUCAAUGGCGUUAGCUUCUUAACAAUCGAACACGGCGAGGCAGUAGAGACGAUACGAAGAGCACAGCAGCUGUUCAUCACAGUCAAGAAUUCCGGCCGCGUACCAAGAACAACGUCGGGACCCGGUCAAUCCCGGUGGAUCAAAUACAGCGGCAGCGGGCGUAGUAGUCGCAACAGUUCAUAUUCGGUCUCCUCUAGUCUACCGGACAUGAGAACUCCUAAUUCGAUCGAAUUUUUGGAAACGAGUAGAGACAGUAAUCGCAUGUCAGCAGAUAGCAAGCUGGACCGUCAACAGUCAUUGUCACUUCGAGAACCAAAGGCGAGAUCACACGCACUCGUCUCGUUUUCUGCUCUGAAAGCCAGAGGCCAGCGCCUAGCCGGAUCUAUUAUCAGGAGAACGUCGAGUCUUCGCCGCAGCCGUAGCAACUCGGAAGGACGAACACUGGAUGAUGUCAGACGAGAACACGAAGCCACGAUGGCGAACGCAGCGAGCACGCACGGGGGUUCCGGAAGAGAACAGUCGAGUCGCUCGGAACAGAGGGACGGCGAUUCCGACGGCUCGAUACAGUACGCGCCGGCUGCUCGCAUGUUCUCGAGAGGUGUGGGCUCUCAGGUGAUGUGGACGGAGUCUCGACAUAGUAGAGCUCGAAAUAUGCUGGAUGCUGCGGCAAGUAAAGCGUUAGUUCAUGAGGAGAAGGCAGCGUUUUGGCUUCAUUUUGAUAGGUACGAGAAGGAACAAAAUGUGGAAAAUCUAGUUGUGUCCAUUCUUCCUAUUCUAAACACUGCAGAGAAACUGGAGCUGCUUAAAGAACUGCGUCCUCUACUUACUGCAAGACACAUAGAAAAAUUUGACGAGCUCGUGAGUCGCAAAGAAGCAACGAUGUUACGAGAAAGAGUCAGACCGGCGGUGGGACCGGGCGCUGAGGCUAGUCACAGAGCAGCCCACUCUCAGCUGAUGGCGGCAAUACAAGGUCAGGGCAAACAGAGCUUGAAGAAGAGAGUCACAGCAAACUUUGACAAAGAGAAGCGUGGAGAUGGCGACAGUAAUGGCUCCCCGCCUAGAGGCCACAGUCAACAAAAAAUGGGAGUGUUUGCUUCAUCUUCAGCUUUGACGAUGCUGGAGAAAGCAUCAAAAAUAGAGCUAAGCCCAGAACUUAGACGGAGGGACUCGUUUAUGGCUUGGAAAGAUGAAAGCUCAGCGGCAUCGAGACGAACGAAAUUCGAGAAAGAUCUCCAAAUCGCUUUGGUAUUGCCUAAGAGAAGACGAAAUCUCGGUCUUGUCAUCCAUGGCGGUGUGGACACACCUCAACCAGAAGUGCUCAUUCAAGCUGUAAAAGAAGAGAGCAUAGCAGCCGAUGAUGGAUUUCUGAGAGCAGGAUUUGAAAUUGUUAGCAUUGACGGUUUUCAGGUAAAAGGUCGAACACACGCUGAGGCUGUGAAGAUAAUCUCUCAAGCGGUUGCAAGUGAAAAUCCGACUUUGGAGUUAGUUGUAGUUCCUCCUAGAGAGUAUUGAUCUAAUGAAGAUGCUUUAGAAUUGUAAAUUUUUUCUAGACUUAAGAAAAUAUUCAUUAGCUAAUAUUUAGAUAGAGGCAAUUUAUUGUAUUAAUGGUUGUUUUAUUUGACAAAUGUGCCGUUUAAGGA